AUGUCAAAGGUGCCUCAUCACAGCCGUAAAAAUACAAGUAUAGUAAAGGGAAAGAGACGGUUACGCUAUUCAAAGCAGAAAUUGACACCAGAGUCGUCACAUUCCUCUCUUGGCGCAACCACCACAUAUUCCACAUCUGCCAUUGCGAACGUUAAGACUUGUAGUAACAGCAUUCGAACUACGGAAGGUACCCUCAGUAUGAUAAGCACUCCUUGGAGCACCGAUUACAAUUCAUUCGCAUCAUUUAAAUCUACACCGAUCCAGUACACGAGAGAGUCUUCUGAGACUAUUCUACCAAAGUCUUCGAGCUCCGUAGCCGCCGCCCUUACACCCGACAACGCAUCCAUCAAGACUACGAUCACUCUGUUCAAUGUGCCUAGCGUCGACACCGACCCUCCUCGAUCAAAGAUGCACCUCCCAAAACCAACAUCUAAACAAAUUGGCUCUAAAGAUACACUGAGCUCCUGGACCAUAGAAUCCUUCACAAGCGAUGGCAUCAUCAGUAAUUCACAAAUAGUGAAACCUAAGUACCCGUGGAGUCCUAGUACAGUAUUUAGUGGUACAGACUUAUAUCCGACCACGGUAGAUACUCUCGUGUCUAGAAAAGGCAGCCGGGAGUCUUGGGCUGGUUCCGGCAGUAUAAAGUUGGGCAAUAAAAUGGCUCCCAUGAACGCCAACGAUAACAAAUCUGAGGACGACUUCAUUUUGGAUGGCAUUAUGAUAAAGACCAAAGGAGUGCCGAUCGUGUGGAACUAUCAUUAA